UAGAUGGAGAUCCCCGUGUUGUUCAGUUCUGCUUCGCGGUCCGUCGCGCGUAGUUCGCUACUUGCUUGGCAAAUUCCUGUCUAAGUGGAUAAAGUUAAUCACAGUUGCGACUCGCGAGGGUGCUUUGACUCAAGUCAGUGUUUUCUAACUGCAACAUUCUUAACAAAGAAAACUAAUCAUUGUUGUUCUAUCUAUAAGUGAAGCGUUGUGCUUCUCGAUUCUUUGUAAAUCAGUGUUCAGUUGUUUCUAGUCAACGAAAGGAUUUGGUUUGUUCAACUAAAGGAUAACAACGAGGCUUCCUAGAACUUGAAAACGGAUUUAUUUGAAUUGAUUUAUUUCAUUCCAAGUCACUCGAACGAGAACGUGAAAGUCUUUACCACUCAACCAGCACAAUGACGACUACCCGGGUGAUUCUUAGUUUUCCCUGGUCCAACAGCAGCGGUAGUGAAAAGGGUAAAGGAGACUUCUUCCAGGACACAGGCGUCACGGACGCAGUAAUGAACGUAGCCCGCAAGGAACUGCGCGAGGACAAAACGAUUCGCGAACAAUCACUGCAACAAAUGCGCGAAUGGAUCCGGCAGAAUCAGGACAUCGAAAACGUGCGCACCGAUGAUUUGUUUCUGUUGCGUUUUUUACGCACCAAGAAAUUCAGUGUGUUCAUGGCUGAACAGAUGCUGCUUAAGUAUUUGAACCUGCGCAAGACCCAUAUGCAUCUUCUCUACGAUUUGGACUUUUUGUCGCCAAAGUUAAACAAACUGAUCAACAAUGGUUACAUGCUGUCAUCGCCGGUGCGGGAUAAAUCCGGCAGACGUUUGAUCAUUGGAUUCGCAAGAAACUUCAACCCAGCUGAGAAUGACAGUUCCGAAAUGUCCCGGAUUCACUCCAUUACCUAUGAAACUUUGAUGGAUGACCCGCAAAACCAGAUCUUAGGAAUCGUACACGUUGGUGAUUUCAGAGGCAUCACAACGGCUCACGUCUCUUGCUGGAACCCGACCGAUUUCCUCCGCAUGAUGAAAUGGGGUGAGCAAUCGGUACCGAUGCGUCACAAGGAGGUUCAUCUGGUUAACGUUCCAUCGGCGGUGAAGUACGUAAUCGAAGCAGGAAAAUCUAUGAUUAGCAAAAAGAUGAAGGAGCGACUGCAGGUUCACGUUACUGUGCACGACCUGUGCAAGAAAGUCGAUCCAGCCGCUCUACCGAAGGAGUUGGGUGGCAAAAUCCCACUGGUGGACAUGAUUGACAGCUGGAAACAGGAACUGGCAGCCAAACGAAGCACUUUGCUAGCUCUGGACAAGAUGAACAUUCUGAGCGACCGAGGUAUCAUUUCGCGGAACUCCGAUCGCAAUAACAACAGCAAUGGACAGUCACUGGAGGCAAUGACCGGCAGCUUCCGCAAGUUGGAGGUUGAUUAGGGCAGUAGCAAUGAUGCGAUUACUAUUACGAUUUAAGGCUUAUUAUGUGAAACCAUAGUAUUUAAGUAUGUAUGUGAGUAAGCUUAGCAGGAAAACCAAUGAUUUGUAUCAUUAAUUGAACGAUAUAAUUAUUCUAUACAAUACAUUUACAAUUAAUUUUACACCCUAUGUGAAUAAAGUGGAAUUAUAUACUUCAUACAUCCGGGAUAGUAAUCAGUAUAUCGUGACCAAAUUAUAACAGCGAGAUAGCGAUAAUAAAGGUAACUUCUUCCGUGAAUGGUGGAGCAAGAUA